AAGUUUGCUCAUCUCCAGACUUCUCUUCUUCACAGCCUCUCCUCUUCUCUCCUCCUAAAAAAACCAAAGUUCUCUCUCCCCAGGUGCUCAAAUUCUUCAAAAUUUGGAUCGCAAGUUAUGACUCCUCCCAAGGUUUAUCUAUCUGCCAACCUUGAGGUCUUCGAUCUAUACGUUUUCAGAGAUGAGAGGGCCUUGUAGAUUGUAGCCCUUGGGAGUUUUUAUGACCUGCGCUCAUCGGAACGGCGGCUUCCUAUGGUGUUGGUGGUUUGCUUUCAAUAUUUUUUUUUGUCUAUGGAGAUGGUUACUUUGUUUUUUCAGAUCCAUCAUUCACACGGGUUUGUGUACGAAAAAACAAAGCUUGGUCGCAGCCUAUGGAUCCAGUCAGAUUCAAGGUUAUAAAUACUCCAAGUUAUAACGCCUACUACUUUUUCCUUCAUCUUACUUUCCUAGUCCUAGUAAAAAUUUACCUGAAUAUCAGGUUUUUUGGUUGUUUGAUUUCGGAUGUGGAAAACUUUUGGAAGGAGCACGCGAUUGGUUGGGCCUCUCUUCAGAGGCUAUCACUCCUGUGGCAAAUUUCCGUCCAUUUCUAAAUUUUUUGUGCUCUGGAAAGGUUGACUGAUAUUCAUUGGUUACUCGAUGACUCGGCGUUUUGGAAGCCGGAUGAAAAGUUGAAGAUUGUAUGAUCUUGUUAUUGUGAUGAACAAAUUUCUGCCUGCUUGGGAAUCAAAUAAUUAUAUUGACUGUGAGCUGGAUAAGCAGAACUUCAAUUUGUUGUCUUUUGUUGAUGAUCCUCGUGUUGUGGAGGUUUAUAAGAAGGCUGCGGAAGACCGAAAAACUCGUGAAAAAGGAAAGGGAAAAUUAGUUCCUGAGAAUGAGCUUGGAAAGGAGAAAGAAGAUUUUAAGUUUGGGUCCUUCAAGAAGAUUCUUAGGGAUUUUCGAAACUUCGACGAGCAUUACAAUAAACCGUCCGAAAAGGAGGGUUAUCAAGUGUUUCAGCCUUCUCAUGUCCAGGGGUUUCAAGCCCCUAGACCUCAAGCACUGGUGCUCAUUAGCAGCUCAGCUCCUACCUAUCACACUGGUCCAAGUUAUGCAGCACCACCUUAUUUUGGUUCAGGCUAUCCUCAUGGUUUUAGUUCUGAGAGUGCUUCAUUUGGUCAGCCAGGGAAUGGACCAGGAUUCUAUGGUGAUCAAGCUUCUUCUUCUUCUAGUCCUUGGUAUUUUGAUUCAGGGGCUACUGCCCAUAUGACUACUAAUGGCUCUCAUAUCUCACAAUCAUCUCCUGCACCAUCAUCUUCUACUGUGGCAGUGGGCAGUGGUCAGACAAUCUCUGUCACUAAUUCAGGAAAAGGACAAACAAACUCACCAAGUUUUACAUCAGGGGCCCUGCCACCAGGGUCUCUAUCCCCAUCUUCCUUCUUCUAAAGCCCCAGUCCAAGCUACUGCUCUUCUCAGCACCCCUUCCUCUUCUAGUGCUGAACUAU